AGCCCGGUACCACCUCUCCCUUGAAGAACAUGACCAUGGACACACUUAGCUAGCUAGCAAUCUAGUUUACAUAAUCAAAUCCUUCUUUCUGUUCUGGAAUAAAAGUAAACGGCACUGGCUUGACAGAAAGUGAAUCUGAGUGUACCACUAUGAUUGACGACUUCGAGAACAAGGAGGCUCGGUCCAGCGGGGAGCUGUGGUCUGAAAUCUGUUCGACUCUGCCUGACGUUGAGGAGGCAGGUCGGGGUGACGAGGCCCAAGCACAGUUCACAGACUCGUUCCAUCCAUCGUCGCGGAUCGGACCGCAGUCUAACGGCAUCUCUGCCGGGCCAUGGGAACCCAUGGAGGAUUCCGAUAUCUACAUUGCUAGUUUAGAGAACCGUCUGAAGAGACUGAAAGGCCAAUCCUCGGAGGUUACAUCCAGGGAGAUGUUGCGCUCCUUGUCACAGGCUAAGAAAGAGUGCUGGGACCGGUUCCUCCAUGAUGCCCAGACCUCCGAGCUCUUCCAGGGGGGAGAAAUUGAUGGCAGUGCCCUGGAGCACCUGAAGCGCUGGCUGCUGCCAGAGAAAGUUGCCAUUAGCGCUGAGGAGCUAGAGUUCCUUCUCCUGCCCUCUCACCGAGGAGAAAACGUCACCUCAGAGCCAGAGACCAGCCCUGGCCCAGACACCACAGCACAGUCCCAUCAGGCCGGAACCCAGGAGCAGGAGCAGGGGGAGGGCACCCGCAGAGUACUGGAGGACUGCCCAACACCAGAGAAAUAGACUGGGAGAAAGAUGAUGAUGAAGGCUCUGCUGGUUGGUGCUCAGACAUUUGAAUGCACAGGGACCACAAUUCAUGUGUUAUCUGUUUGUGGUUGAAUCAUAUUAGAAGUGAUCAUUUUGGACAGAUCAAUGCUAAACUUGCAUGACUGUUAGGUACAUUUGUUGCCAUGUUGAUUUUUUGAAAAUGGGACCCUUAAAACUGUUAAGUGUUCAAAUGUUCAUUUUAAAACACCAUUACUUUAAUAAGGCUAAACUGUAUUUUUUUUUGUCAAACCAUAUGUAUUUUUAACCCUGUUGUAAUUAUUGUAGAUUAGUUAAAAUAUAUACUGUUGAACCGAUAUGUACCUGCAUCGAACAAGUAGGAAGAGAUGGAAGGGUUUAAAAAAAAAAAAAAAGAAGGAAACUAAGAAUACGUUUUGGCCAUAGUGUACAGUAGCCUACUUUGAAAAGCCCUCAUUUUGUAAUUUUUUCCUGUAAUUUUCUGCUCCACCCCAAAAAUAAUCUAAUUAUACUGCACAACCCCCACGUUGCCGCUAGGAGGUAGCACUGAGAGUCAAAAAGGUGAAGCGACAAAGCACCUGUUGUGAAAUGCACUAGUAGCCUACUCUUGUAUUUUAAUAGGAGAGCAUUUUGGAGCUUGGAAGCUGUUGUACGCUUUCUUUCUGUGGUAAUGCUAAGACGCUAGCUAAUAAUAAUGCUCCUUGUGACAGUGCUCAUUUUUGUCCAGUAACCUAUACUGUCAUCAUAAUAUCAUUGUAUUGUAUUAUGGAAGAAAAUCCUUAAAGUUUGGUCUCCGGUCGGAUCUGGUUGUAGCUUUCUGUAGCUAUCGAAAGUUAAAAAAUAAUAAACACCUUUUGUUUCGUUCCUGUGA